CGGAGAAGCGAAAGUGCUCCGUGCGCCUGCGUGGGCGAGUGAGGCGGUUGCGGCCGCGAAGACAGCGGGGCAAGCGCGCCCGUUACCGUGGCAACCCGACGGCUGUCUCGGCUGUGGCCCUUAACGGCGUUCAAAGAGGUCUUUCCUCGCUUUGAGGGGCGGGGACCGAGAAGUGAGUAUAGUUACCUAAUCUUCUGGAGGUUGUACAAGAAUAGUGCAUAAUUGGACAAAGACAGAAUCAUGCCUGUUCCAGAUGUCAUGUUCUGUGCACAGCAGAUUCAUGUGCCACCUGAACUGCCAGAUAUUAUGAAACAAUUUACCAAGGCUGCUAUUAGGACUCAGCCGCGUGAUAUACUCCAGUGGUCCUAUGGAUAUUUCUCCGCUCUCUCAAAAGGAGAGCCGCUUCCAGUGAAGGAGCGAGUUGAAAUGCCAGUAGCUACACAGAAAAAUGAUACUGGCCUGACACCGGGGCUUCUUAAAGUUUUGCACAAACAGCUGUCUAGAAAGGAAACUGUGACUCUACAAGAACUCCAGAUAAAAUGGAAAAACUUGUGUUUGCCUGCGGAACAGCUGCGCAGUAUCUUGCGCCUAGACAACUUUGCUGAUGAAGUGGAAUGGAUGAAAUUUUUUGCCCUUGGAUGUAGUGCUCUUAGUGGGUCCUUAAUAGGUUCUAUGAAGCAUGCCUGUGAAAUUCUAACAGAUGAUCCUGAGGGUGGCGCAGCACGCAUUCCCUAUGACACCUUUGCAUUUCUCUACUCUUACCUGGCUGGCUUAGAUGAGGAAAUACCUGAAGCAGAAGUACGAUCUUUUCUCAGUGCUCUUAAGGAACAAGUGGAGCGCAAGAACUACAUGGUUGGAGUGGCAGAUUUUUCUGUAAGGAAGAAGAACUGAAACAAGAGAAGUUGACAAUUUAAUAUAUGGUGAAUAGUGGAAUAACUGCAUGCACCAACAAAUAAGAUGUUAUGUAUUACUAUAACAUGUUCUGUGCGCUUUUUUAAGUUAAUGUAAAUAUUAGGAAGUAAAAUUUUAACAUUAGAUUGCUGUGAGUCGGAUCAUAAUACUUUUGCGGGGCACUGAUUGCUAGUUUCCCAAAGAGGAGCAUCCAGACUAGAAGGCACUUUUGAAUAAUCAGUAAACUAUCACUUGGUUGGGACUUUUAACUGUUUGAUUAAAUGUGGCUAUGGCUUUCAGUCUUUGGGAUGCAUAAGGCACAAUGUACACCCGUCGGAGCUCACAAGAGAAAUCUUCCAGCACCCUGACCUAGCAAGCAUUCUCUUGCUGGAUUGGGAAGUGCAUGCACAAACGGGUCAUGAAAAUAUGCUUACCGUGUGUAGCUGGAUGCCACAUCCAGCACUCUGGGAUGCGAGCUCUGGUCAGUUGCUGGAUUGUGACCUCGUGCACAGCACCAACUGGAUUCUCAAAACUGUCACCCUUGACAGUCCUGAUCACUUAUUUUAGGAACAGUGGACUGAAGCCAGUUCCCACCUCCAAGAUUGGGGCUGUGAAAGUGCUGUACUAUCCAUCUGCUUGGUAAGGAAGCACCCCUCCCCCCACUAUAUGCCUGGGAGUUAACUCAUCAUCUGUAUAGUUUUGUUAAGGUCAGGGUGCAACUGUUGUGUUGAAACUUCUUUACAUCCGUGAAAGAUGUAUUUUACCUAUGAGCUAUAAAGUCAUUGCAAUGCUGCUGCUAGCUUCUCUGAGCACAGCAAGUCAGCCAGUUAGAUCUAAACUAGAAUCUCCGUCCCCACCUCAAGCUUUAUUGCAAUACAAAGGAUACAAUACAUCUAUUAAGUGAC